AUGGCAGACAAUACGUCCUCAGUGGCUGUCCCUGGCCACCUUCCCGACAUUAUGAACGAUCCGGAGUUUGCGACAAAUUCCGAGGCGAUGGAUGAUGGAAAUGCAGAUGCUUGUAGGAUAUGUAGAGGUGAUGGGAGUGAUGCCGAACCUCUAUUCCAUCCAUGCAAAUGUAGUGGAAGUAUUAAGUUCGUCCACCAAGACUGCCUGAUGGAGUGGUUAUCACAUUCCCAGAAGAAGCACUGCGAGCUGUGCAAGACACCGUUCAGAUUCACGAAAUUAUAUUCCCCGAAUAUGCCGCAGUCUCUGCCCUUCCCGGUCCUGGUCCGUCAUGUCAUAAUACAUAUUGUGAAGAACUUAGCGACAUGGCUUCGUUUUGUUUUGGUGGCUCUGGUUUGGCUAGCAUGCCUACCAUACAUUUUGAGGCAGGUAUGGAGGUUACUGUUUUGGUUUAGCGACGGAGGGUGGCCAUCGAGCUACUCAAGAACGCAUGCAAUCCGUAAUUCUACAGCAAACCAAGUCCUGGAAGUUGCCCGGGAGAUACAUCUGGCCAGUCUGACGGAAAAUGGAACGUCGCCUGUUACACCCUUCCAAGCAAGCCAAACCACAUCCGCCAGUGUUGGAAAUCAUGUGGAAAAGUUAUUUGGGUUUCUGACGCCCAUUUCUCAGACACUCAACGUUAGCAGCUCUGACCCCUUGACUGCGGGCUUUUUGAAAAGCCUUUAUUAUGGAUUUAGAAUGCAGAGCGUGGUGAUUUCCGAUGGGUCAACGAACGGGACAAUUUCUUCCGAUCACUUUACAGCAAAAACUACCGUUUCGCAUCCUUCAAUUCUGAGCGAUGUUUCAUUUCUUCGGAAUCUUACACGGAACCCUUAUGUUAAUGACCUUGUUAUUGCAAUAGUAGAGGGAUACAUUAUCACGGUCCUUGUCGUAGUCUGCUUCAUCCUGGUAUUUCUGAUACGGGAAUGGGUAGUUCAACAACAGCCGGGUAUCAACAUGGGAGCCGGGUUUGCUGCAGAAGCACCAGCUGCUGAAAGACCUCGCGGACAACAAGCUCUUCCAGAAUUUCGUCCUCGGAACGCCGAACCUCGACGAGCGCCCAGAAACGAGGAACGGCAACUUGCGCUGCCCGACCAUCGAGAGAGGCGAAUUGCUCGAGCGCGACGGCGAAAUGUACACUUUGGAGACCUUGACGAGGCACCUCAACCAACGCCGCCCAACGAUGCCGGUGCCGAACACUCAAUCCAGGAGUCACAAGAACUUGCCGGCGUUGACGAUGCUGGAUCCUCUUCUCAAAGUCGGCCAACGCCAUCACGGGAUGCGUUUUCUCCAGCAGUCGAGAUACAGCGACGGCUUACGGAAGAGCCUAGAAUGACUGAAGAGUUUCUUGCCAUUUGGAGGCGUGCAGACAGUGAUCCGCGAGAGGUUUUACGCAUCAUUGAGAGUGAGAAUAAAACUGCCGAACUCGGGUAUUGGGUAAACGCCAUGAAACAGUUGGAAGACUCGAGUUCUGAGCCCUCCCCAAUCCAUGGCCCAGACGUGCGAAAUUUGGGUGGCAAGUUUGCAGACUUUCCAUUGGAUGGGCCCAGCUCACCUGCAUUAGGCUCAGUGCCCCGCGAUAAUGAGGGAAGCAGCGCGAGCUCUGAAAGCUGGGUAGAUGUGUCUAAAUCGACGGAAGCCUCUGACGUGGAAAGAGAUCCAGAAGAAACUCACAACGCCCUUGACAAAGGAAAAGGCAAAGCUAAAGAAUUUCUCGUGCCAGAAACCUCAUCACAUCACGGCCGUGAUAACGAAAUUACGUUCGCCAGAGACACGACUUUAGAUGAACUGGAAAGACGGUCUCUUAAACCGCCAGAUGUCGAAACAUCCGCUGCAGGAGCUUCAAGAUCCAGAGCACGGUCAGAUGGUCCUUCGGGCGACGACAGCACUUCACUGCUUGGGGGUAACAACUGGUCGUUCGCAAGCCUCCAGGAAGAAAAAGAAAAUUCCCCAUUAUCCCGCCAGAGUUCCAGUCAAGUAAGACAAGCUAUGGAUAGCUCAAACAUAGACCCCUGGGACACUUCGUCACUGCAACAAACUGAAGCAGCGCCCUUGUUGAAUGGUGCUCCUCCGCUGCUCAUGUCCGAAACAGAAAUUACAGCUAUGGAGCAAAGCCCUAUAGAUGUUGUUGCCGAGGACGGCACUGUACGAACUUAUUCAAAUGUGGAGGAAGUUUUUAACGCAAACCCCAUAGAGGCAGAGUUGGAGGACAGUGAUAGUGAUCUCGAAGUCGGUGAUGAUAUUGAAUUCGAAGGUUUCCCUGACCUUGUCCCUGGUGAUCCAAUACCCGAGCGGCAUGAGCCUGUGGUUGCAAGACCCGACGAAGCUCCUCGCUUCUUUGGAAACGUGGCAGAUUUCUUUUGGGGUGGUGUGGACGAAGAAGCGGAUAACAAUGGUGGAGGUGAUGACGAACACAUCGUUCAAGAUUUAGCUGCUGAGCCCCCCUUUGUCCCUGUAGCGAAUGAACCUUUUGAGCAGGUUGACGCCGAGCAAGACCGCGAGGUCAUGGCAGCGGCUCUGGCAGCCGGGAUAGAUCCAAAUGAUCAAGAUGCCAUUGAUGAUGCUGAAGACUUCGAAGGUAUUAUGGAGCUUGUUGGAAUGCGCGGUCCAAUAUUCAGCUUGGUUCAGAAUGCUCUCUUUAGCGCCUUCUUGCUAGCUCUUGCGGUCGCUGUUGGGGUCUGGAUACCAUACAACAUCGGAAGGAUAUUUCUAUUACUGGUUGCAAAUCCUGGCCCUGCAUUCAAACUUCCGCUUCGAAUGAUAUUCGGAUGCGCAGCCUUCUUGCAGGAUCUCUCAUUGUCCAUCAUCGGUCUGGCUUCUUACAUGCUCGUAGCUCUGCUUUCAACGCCAUUAUAUCUAUGGUACUAUUUGGUGCGAGGCGAGCAUAGACCAGAACUUGUCACUACCAUCUUGACAAAAUCUCACGUUGGCCCCACGGCAGCAAAGAUGUCAUAUGAUGCUAUGGGUAGAAUCGUCAACGGGACAAUAGACAGCUUGAGCAGCUUUUCCGAUUCCGAGAUGUUUGCUUUCUCAGCAGCUUCUCACGAAGCACUGAACUCUAUUCAUUCUCUCAUCGUCAACACAAUUACUGGGAUCGGAAGCUUGAUCGUCUUCGUAUUUGUUGGCGAUUGGCAUAUUAGCCCUGAUGGCAUUGGCUCGUAUAUCAUUGAGUCUGCCCGGUACUGUUGGACUGCUUUAGCCACUCUACCGGAGCUCAUUGUCAAGCCGGACACGUGGGUCAUCAGUUUAGAAUUUGCAGAGCGAGCGUCACCACUAGACCUCGAGCUCAGCGUUUGGGAUGGCUGGGCGAGAUUUUGGGCUAUAUUUGCUGGUUACACUGCCUUGUGUAUACUCGGUGCUAUGUACGUCCGCAAAGGCUCUCCCUUCUCCUCUAGUCAGGUGGGACGCGAAUGGGAAGCCAGCAUCCUCGAUCUACUAAACCAAGCUGGUGGUGUGAUGAAGGUUAUACUUAUCAUCAGCAUUGAGAUGCUCGUCUUCCCGUUGUACUGCGGCUUACUACUGGACGCUGCUCUUCUUCCACUUUUCGAGAAUGCAACCAUCAUGUCCCGAAUAAACUUCAUCAUCGCCUCUCCAUUCACAUCCAUGUUCGUUCAUUGGUUCGUAGGGACAUGUUACAUGUUUCACUUUGCGCUAUUUGUUUCCAUGUGUCGGAAGAUUAUGCGCAAAGGUGUGCUCUACUUCAUUCGCGAUCCAGACGACCCUACAUUUCAUCCUGUAAGAGACGUGCUAGAGAGGAACGUGGCAACGCAGUUACGAAAAAUAUUAUUCAGUGCAUUAGUAUAUGGCGCUCUGGUUGUAAUUUGUUUGGGUGGUGUUGUCUGGGGCUUAGCAUUGGCGUUCAACAGCGUCCUUCCGAUACACUGGUCAUCGAACGAGCCGGUCUUAGAAUUUCCUAUCGAUCUUCUCUUUUACAACUUCUUAAUGCCCUUAGCGGUACGAUUUUUUAAGCCUUCAGCUGGGUUACACGCAAUGUACACCUGGUGGUUCCGACAGUGUGCACGAAUGCUACGACUUACAUGGUUCAUGUUCGACGAGAGAAAGUUUGACGAAGAGGGAUACCACGUGAGGAAGAAUUGGCUAGAUAUCUUCCGAGGAGUCAACGGGGAUCCAUCUCAUCCUGUAAGCGCCGAAGAGAGAGACGCUCCAUUCAAUGAAGAACCCGAGUUGAGAGCAUAUUUCCGUCGAGAUGGGAAGUAUGUUAGAGCACCUGCAUCCGACCAAGUCAGGAUUCCAAAGGGUAAAAGAAUCUUCUUGGAAGUGAGCUCUUCAAAUGAGAGGGUAGACGGCAAAUGGGAUCGCGCGGAUGGAGUACAUGGCAAGAAGAACAAUCUUUUCAAGCAGGUUUACAUUCCGCCAUUUUUCCAGUUUCGGAUAUGCUUGUUCAUACUAUUCAUCUGGCUCUUCGCCGCCUUUACUGGAGUUGGUAUCACUAUCGUCCCGCUCGUAUUUGGACGCUACGUCUUCGCCAAAAUUAUACCUGCCCACGUCAGGAAAAACGAUGUAUAUGCCUUCUCAAUAGGCAUUUAUAUCCUGGGGUCUGCUCUUUAUUCGAUUUUGCACGUACGGCAAUUCAUUUCUUGGUUACGCAAUGAAUUCAACGGUUAUGUCGACAGACCUCAUAAUAUUCUGGAUCUUCUCGCCCGCACAGCGACAAUGUCGUGGCGCGUAGCACGGAUAUUGUGGACAUACAGUGCCUUCCUCUUCAUCCUUCCCACCCUCUCGGCAUUCGUAGUAGAAUUCUACUUCAUCCUCCCCCUCCACACCUAUUUCUCAGCCGAAGAACGCCACGUCGUCCACUUUGUUCAAAGCUGGACCCUAGGACUCCUCUACGUCAAACUCAUAACCCGACUCAUCCUCUGGCAUGAAAACUCCCGACCUGCUCAAUCCCUUCGCGCCGUCACCAGAAACGGCUACCUCAACCCGGACGCCGGGCUCGCAACACGCGGUUUCAUCCUCCCUGGCGUUCUCCUCCUCACUGCCGCGCUCAUGAUUCCUCACGGCAUCGCCCGUGUCAUCGUCGCUACGGUUUUCAAGAACAGUCCGCAAAUCCAUCUCAUCGCAUACAGGUACGCCUAUCCUAUCUGUCUUGCCUCGUGGAUCAUGACUCUCGCGCUCUGGAGAAUCUUCGGGAUGUUGAAGGAUUGGCGGAUGAUGAUUCGAGAUGAGGUGUACCUGAUCGGUGAACGGCUUCAUAAUUUUGGGGAGAGGAAGGUUGCGAGUCCGGCUGUUGGGGCGGGCGUGGGGAGUGGUGCGGUUAGGCGACUUGAUACUUAA